AUUUCCGGCGCAGCCAUUUUUUUUUUUAACGGUUGAGGAAUUGUUUUGUCAAGACUGUUUCGUGGUUCCCUCAGUUUCUGUUUACUGAAAAGCUGCAGAGGCCGCCGGGAUCCCACGCUCCUGAGACUUUUACCUUUCCCUAAAUUGGGGGUAAAAAGUCGGAUGAUGACAGCAAUGUCCUUAACAGUCAGGCCCCAGGAAUCAGUGACUUUUGAGGAUGUGGCCGUGUACUUCACUAAGAAGGAAUGGGCCAGCCUGAUGCCUGCUCAGAGGGCCUUGUACAGGGAUGUGAUGCUGGAGAACUAUGGGGCUGUGGCCUUCCUAGCAUCACCCACUUCCAAACCAGCUCUGAUCUCUCAGCUGGAGCGAGGGAAGGAGCCAUGGUUCACCCAGCCACAGGGAGCCCUAAACAGAAGGGGCUGGAGAGCAGGCUUCAGAGGAUACAUCUUACAACUGAGAAGAUUUACUCGCUUAGCUAAAAUAAUAUCACAUAUAAUAAAAUUAAAAAUUUCUCAAAAUCAUCAGUGCCGGGAAGACAGGAGAAAGGCUUAAUUCUUGACCUUUAAAUACCAGUUUUCCAAGUAAGAAGUUGAUUUAAGAGCCACCUUAAAUGAUGUCAAAUGUGCAUUUUCUUUUUCUGUAGACUCGGAUUUCCACAGAUUUAAUAUUUUUCAUUUCAUUAAAAUGAUUCUUUUUGAUAUACUAA